AAACCCAACCAAACAAAAAACAAACAAACAAAAAAAAACCAACAACCACCAAACCGACCCAAAGCCAUCCGCACGCCCUCCCGGUUUGCACCGUGUGGAUGCGGCCCGGGCUGCGUGGCUGCGCGGCGGGCGGCGAGAGCAGAUGCUGAGGGGCCGGAGGAGGAGGAUGGAGUGCACCCUCGAUGCGCAGAGUUUGAUCAGUAUUUCCCUGCGGAAGAUCCACAGCUCCCGCACUCAGCGAGGCGGCAUCAAGCUCCACAAGAACCUGCUCGUCUCCUAUGUGCUCCGCAACGCCCGCCAGCUCUACCUGAGCGAACGCUACGCCGAGCUCUACCGCCGCCAGCAGCACUACCCCGACGGAGCCCCGCUGCUCGCCAUGCCCCCUCCGUGCCCCCCUCCGCCGCCCUCCGCCCCUCCGGAGCUGCCCCCUCUGCCCGGCGACCCCCACGAGCGCGACGUUCGGAGCUGCGCGGCGCUGCGGGGCGGCGCGGAACUGGGGGCGGAGGUAGCGCUGUGCUCCGCUCCCCCCGAACUGCAGCAGAGAGCGGCGUGCAGAGACUCCGCGGGCUUCUACCGAGCGGCGCCCCCCGGGCACGGAGCGGGACACGGUGCCGGGGCGGCCCCCUCCCCGUACGCCGCCGCCGCCGCCGCCUCCUCCGGUUGUGACUUUGGGAGCGGAGGAGGAACGCAGCAGCACUGUAGCAGCCGCACCACGGUGCUGGAUUUGGACACGCACGUCGUGACCACGGUGGAGAACGGUUACCUGCACCAGGAGUGCUGCUCGCAGUGCCCGUGCUGCUGCCAACCCGCGGCGCCGGGGCCCCCCUCCCCGCCGCCCCCGCCGGGCGCUAAGCGCAAGUAUUACCCGGGGCAGGAGGAAGAGGAGGGGGUGGAGGAAGGGGAGCCGGGGGGAGGCGGGGUGGCGGGCGGCCCCCAGUUCGCCCCGUGCACCAAACGCGCCCGCUUCGAGGAGUACGGCAGCGCCGAACACCCGCAGGACUCUUCCAACAUCUCCAACUUGAUCUCCAUCUUCGGCUCCGGUUUCACGGGGCUGGUGAGCCGGCAGCAGGCGGACUCGGAGCAGCCCCUCAACGGGCAGCUGUGCGGCAAGCAGGCGCUGGCCAGCCUGGGGGCCUGGACUCGGGCCAUCGUCGCGUUUUAGAGCGGAGCGGGGAGCGGAGGGAGAAAGCGGGGGUGCGGGGGGGGCCGC